GGUGGCCGUCCGCCAUGUCGCUGCGCACCGCAGGCCUAGCAGAGGCUGUGCGGCUCCCGCCGCUGGCGGCCAGCGGUAGAAGGGACAGGUCCGCAGGCGGCGCCGCCCGGGGCCAGCACGGAGGGGCGGGGCGGGGGCGGGCGCUCGUAGCAGCUGCCAGUCCAGACCGCCGGGGAUGCGCGCCUCCCCCCACUACGAACCGGGAAUAAGAGUACCAGCAACGAGAAUGAUGAUUAGUAAUAAACGUUAUAGUGGAAUCUUCUCUUUCCUGUUCGCUUUGUCAUGCUCUGGGUAAAUGUGGUAGAGAGUCCUGUCCCUACUUUACAGGAAAAAUUUAUGAACCGCAGCAUGAAAGUCUACCAAAAGUCUACUUUUUCAUCCCGAAUGAAGAAUCGUUCAUACCUGGGCCAAAUAGGAAUCUUCGCUGACACAGGUGGUACCUCAACUGAAAAACUGGGGCUAGAUCCUACUCUUAUUCUCAGAUUAACAGAAGGUGCAGACACAAAAAGGACUGUCCAUGAAUUUAUUAAUGACCAGAGAGACAGAUUUAUGCUCGAGUAUGCUCUGUCAACCAAAAGAAACACAAUUCAAAAGUUUGAAAAACACACAACAAUGAAGGAAAGACAACUCAUGAAAGCAGAAAAAAAGCUCGAAGAAGACGCAAUGGCCUUUGAAGAGUUCCUUCGAGAAAACGACCAGAGAUCUGUAGAUGCUCUUAAAAUUGCAGCGCAAGAAACUAUAAACAAACUCCAAAUGACAACAGAGCUGAAGAAGGCAAGUAUGGAGAUACAGUUGAUGAAAAGUGAAAUAGCAAAAACAGAAUUCCUCCUUAAAGAGUACAUGAACUAUGGAUUUUUUGUGCUGAAAUUGUCUCCAAAACAAUGGCAAAUCCAGCAAGCAAUGAAAAGGGUGUCAAAGAAUAAAGAAAAUGUGAAUGUCAAGCUUCCAAGUGUAAUGACAACAAAACCGCGCAAGACGACCACUCCCACCCUAGAGCAAAAGAAAUCAUCCUUAUCAAAGUACAAAUGGCUGGGCCGCAGGGUGCAAGUGGGCGAGGCUCGAGGGAAAGUGGCUCAGAAAUCAGGCAUUUUCUUUUUCUUUUACAGCCGAGCUGAAAGUAUCAGUUCAGAAGACAGUUUGGAAUUCUUUUUAGAUGAUGAUAUGGACUAUGAUCUGGAGCCAGAACUUUAUUUCAAAGAACCCGAAGAGUUACUUCAGGUCCUCACAGAGCUGGAAGAGCAGAAUCUUACUUUGGUACAAUACUCCCAAGAUGUAGAUGAAAAUCUUGAAGAUGUAAAUAAAAGAGAAAAACUUAUACAGGAUAAAAUAAAUACCAACAUAGAGUUUCUUUUGGAACACAAGGAAAUGCUUAAGGCUAACUGUGUAAGAGAAGAGGAAAAAGCAGCAGAACUGGAAUUAAGGUCCAGGCUAUUUAGUUUUGGAGAAUGUAAUUCAGAUGCUCAGGAAAAACUGAUAGACUCUCUUAGUAAAAAAAUUAAUCAAGUAUACAAAGUCUGCAUUGGAGAUGCUGAGGUUGGCAGCCUCAACCCAGUUCAAAAGCUGGUAAAAGUAGAGUCUCGCCUGGUGGAACUGAGUGAUCUCAUUGAAUCCAUUCCCAAAGAAAAUGUGGAGGCAAUUGAGAGGAUGAAACAGAAAGAACGACGGCAAAAGUUGCGUGAAGAGAAAGUGAAAGAAAAACAAAAACACCAGGAGGAAAGGCUAAAAACUGCUCUGGAAAGAGCAGGAGCACAACCAAAGAAAAAGCUGGGAAGACAACUUAUCUACCGCUCAAAACCUCCAUCUGGUAACAAACGUGAACUACUUUUAGUCAAGGAUACAAGAACAAAAUCACUGGAGGAAGAAUAUUUUUUCACUUGAAUAGGAGCAGUAAGACAUUUAUAACCAGAAUGCUUUAGGCAUAUUUUGUAGAUUUUUGCUUUUCAGUAAUGGCAAUAUUCUGCCCCACACACAGGCCUAACCAAUUUCAGGAAGACAGGUCCUUACUCUAAAAGGCUCUUAGGAUUGGAAAUGGGAGUUAUUUUCUUUUGUUGAAGACCUUUAUUAUCCACAUCCUAACCAUUAUUCCAUAUAGCUAAACAUUUAUACUUUCUGUUGUCCCAGGUGGGGAUACACAUCCAAAGUGACCUUACUGAUGUAACUGUAUGGUGAAUGACCAUUUAAGUGCAAUAAUGGCAUUCUGACAACCUAAGACUUUAAAUAAUCUUUUUUUUUUCAACCAGUCCACAGGAAAGUUCAUAGUGUAAAUUUUAUCACUGUGGAGUAUACAUUUUAACAACGUGCAACUCUAAAAUACUGAUUUGAGGAGUUUAAAACUUAAAUGAAAACUACUAGAUUAUGUUCUCAUGAGAACAUAAUGAGACAUAACCAAC